AAGGACACCAGCUCCAUAUAUGGAGGAGGACCCUGGGGACAUAGAGUCUGCUAAGCUGUUCUUAGAAGAUCCUGCCCUGUCAUCUCCUGACCAACCAGCCCAGCAUCAGGAUGAAGCUCAGGUGUCAGCAGAGUUGGCUGCCAGGGGGAAGUACAAUCUGAGGUGGGAGAAACUCUAUGACGUGGGAGCUGGGCUCAAGAACACGGGGAACAGCUGCUAUCUGAAUGCUGCCCUGCAGUGUCUGACACACACACCACCGCUUGUCAACUGCCUGCUGUCCUGGGAGCACUCUCAGAAACGCUGUCACCAAGGAAGCUGCAUGAUGUGUGCUAUGAAAUAUCAUGUGUCCCGCAGUCUCCUCCGCGCGAGGGGUGCCAUGCAGCCUUCAAAGAUGCUGACUGCUGCCUUCCAUAAGGACAAGCAGGAAGAUGCCCAUGAGUUUCUGAUGUUCAUCUUGGAUGCCAUGCACACAUCCUGUCUCCAAGAAAGCAAGGACUUGGGGUCCACAUCUGAGCACAGCACCCUCAUCCGUGAGAUAUUUGGAGGCUCCUGGAGAUCUCAGAUCAAGUGUCUCCGCUGCCAGGAAACCACAAACAUUUUAGAGCCCUUCCUUGACAUCACCCUGGAUAUCAAAGCAGCUCAGAGUGUGGAGCAAGCCUUGGAGGCUUUAGUAAAGGAGGAAAGGCUGUGUGGGGAAAAUGCCUACCACUGCGGCCACUGUCAGGAGAAGACGGCAGCUUCCAAGACUCUGACUGUACAGGAUGCCCCAAAGGUUCUCCUGCUGGUGUUGAAUCGCUUCUCAGAGUUCACAGGUGACAACAAGGACAGGGAAGUGAGCUACCCUGAGUCCCUUUAUUUCCAGCCAUACGUAUCUCAGUUCAGUGGAGGCCCAUUGGUGUAUGCCCUGUAUGCUGUGCUGGUCCAUAAUGGUCUGACUUGUCAUAGUGGCCAUUACUUCUGUUAUGUCAAAGCUGGCAAUGGCCAAUGGUAUAAGAUGGAUGACUGUAGUGUCAACAGAUGUGAUGUGACUUUGGUCCUGAGUGAGCCCGCCUAUGUGCUCUUCUACGUCCAGCAGACUGCUCUCACAAGGAAUAGUGUGGAUGCUCCCACGGGCAGAGUAACCAGGGAUCUAUGCCCAAAAUCCCAGGUAGGAACAUUCGGGCAGAGAAUGACCAACAGAGGAUCCACCAUAGAAACGACAGAGCCACUAGAUCUCACAAACAAAAGAGAUACCAACGAUUUCUUAGACCAGUACAAUAUGUUUUCUGACUACCCAAGCCUGUGGUGAAUCUUGGCAAAAAUGAAUUCACUCUGUCAGCCAAUGAAGUUGUGAUUCUCCAGUCUACAUACAGAGUGAACUGGGGGAGGCACCAUCCCCAUCACGACAGGAAGAAUCACCCUGGUCAACAUUCUGCCAGGCUUCUGUCUCAUCUGGGGAUCACGGACACACUGGGCAGCUCUGUAGUGAGGGUGGGAGACCAAGAUCUAAGAAGGAGAUGAACUAAGGUAGGAGGCUUCUGGCUGUUUUCUAGGUCUCACUCCACUCCCUGACCCUGGGAUCUGUGAUCUUGAAGGUAACUUUGGAGAGAGAGAGAUGGGAACCUGUGCUCUAGGCAGGACGGAAUUUCUCACCCUGAAGGUUCUCUCCACCUUCCCCUGUGUCCUCCACUGUUGUUCCUGCGACCCUAGGAAAGUCA